UAACACCCUAAAUCGCUAUUCCCUGAACCUCCGUUCUUUAUCUCCUUUGCGUAAACUUCAGCGAAGAAGGUGAAGCAGCUAAGCGAAGAGCCCAAAGUAAUCUUUGCCUUAUACGAAGACCCAAAGGGCCCAAGGAAGAGGUAGCAGUAGUCCUCAUCGUUCAGUGACCAAAUCCCAACCUAGCACAGUAGCACGCAGCGACCAAUAGUCUAUCGCUACCCUCCUCCGAUCCCACUCCGGCAGAGGUUUAUACCCGCUUCCUUCCAUCGGUCCAGUAGAGAAGUCUCCAAAUUGUGUAGAAGAUAUCUAGAUAUGAUAGCAGCUAUUUCGUGGAUUCCUAAAGGGGCUGCUAAGUCAGUCCCAGCUGCAGCUGAGCCUCCUUCGAAAGAGGAAAUUGAAGAGAUUCUCAAGAGUGGCAUUAUUCCAAAAGGCGAUGAAGCUGAAAAUGGAGAAGACAAUGAAGAAGACACUGAUGAAGAAAUGAGCAUUGGUGCAUCUGGAUAUGACAAAAAUGAAGAAGAAAAUGACGACCCAAAAGCCAGUGCUGCUAAUAUAACUGAAGCUAUGAAGGAAUUGGACAUGGAAAAUUAUGAUGAUGAGGAAGAAGGUGCCGAAAUCUUUGGUCCAGGACUUAAGGACUUGUAUUAUCCAAGUAACAACUUAGACCCGUAUCUUAAAGAUAAGGAUGACUAUGACUCUGAGGAGGAAGAGGACACUGCUAUAAAACCAGAUGAUGCCGUUAUUGUUUGUGCGCGUAAUGAAGAUGAUGUCAGUCACCUUGAGAUAUGGAUAUUGGAGGAUUCUACAGAUAAUGAAUUGAACAUGUAUGUUCACCAUGAUAUCAUAAUUCCAGCAUUCCCUCUGUGUACAGCGUGGCUUGAUUGCCCUCUUAAAGGAGGGGAGAAAGGCAACUUUAUGGCUGUGGGCUCCAUGGAACCAGCCAUUGAAAUUUGGGACCUUGACAUUAUAGAUGAAGUUCUACCAUCUGUUGUCUUAGGAGGCGUUUCUGCAAAAAAGAAGGGGAAAAAGAAAUCGAUCAAAUACAAAAAGGGCAGCCACAAAGAUUCAGUACUUGGCCUUGCUUGGAACAAGGAGUAUAGAAAUGUUAUAGCUAGUGCUAGUGCUGACAAAUCAGUCAAGAUUUGGGAUGUGUCAACAGAAACAUGUAAUCUCACUAUGAAAGACCAUGAUGACAAGGUGCAAGCAGUUGCGUGGAAUCCAUUUAAGCCCCAAAUUCUUCUUUCCGGAUCAUUUGAUCGUUCUGUUGUCUUGAAGGAUGUAAGGCAACCAUCUCAUGAUGGAUUUAAGUUUUCAGUGGCUGACCAAGUUGAGAGCUUGAAAUGGGACCCCCAUGCCGAGCAUUCGUUUCUGGUGAGUAUGGAAAAUGGAACCAUAACUAGUUUUGAUAUUCGGAUGGCUGCUGAUCCCAAUUCUACAUCAAAGAUGAAACCAAAUUUCACCCUUCAUGCUCAUGACAAAGCAGUUUGCUCCAUUUCUUUUAACCCAUUGGUGCCAAAUCUUAUUGCAACAGGCUCCCUAGAUAAAACGGUAAAAUUAUGGGAUUUGUCCAACAAUCAACCUUCAUGUCUUGCCACGAGGAAUCCCAAAGCGGGGGCUGUAUUUUCUAUUUCCUUCUCAGAUGACUGCCCGUUCUUGCUAGCUAUAGGCGGCUCUAAAGGAAAGCUUGAGAUGUGGAAUCUUUCAACUGAAGAUGCUAUCGCCAGGGAAUAUGAUCAGUAUGUUCGCACAAGCUUUAAAUCUAAGCAGUAAUUUUAAUGGAUUUUGAAAUCCAUUUCUUGUUUUAUGUAUCGAUGUGAGCCUGCCAAACUUGCUAGGUUGUAAACAAUUUUGUAGACGAGGACACUUCAUUUUAUUAGAUUAUACAGAGUGCUAUAUGUCUAUAUGAAUUCACACACUUGCAGCCUUGCAGGUGUCCUUUAUGACCCUUUUUUGUCCAUAGCUCGGGCCUCGGUGCAAAGAAACUUCUCCCUUUCUCAUUUAAACCAACCUUUUUGCUGCGAGGCUAAACUGAAUUACUGAAUAGGCCAAUCCGUCUGUCACGAUUUACCUAUUUACGUGAGUAUAAGCCAAAGUUGUUUUUUUGUAACAUAAACAAUACUCCUUAAUAGGGACUGAAAUAGUGUAGGGGAUUUAAAACAAAAAUUCUAGCUACCUUAUAAAAAAUGUCAUAUUUGAAGAGUCAUUAACGAGACUGAAUAAGCUAUU